GCUUUUGACAUUUCGUUUCAGUUUAGUUUUCGUACGGUUUUCACUCUGCGUGUUGUGUGUUGCACUCCCUCGAAACUCUCGCCCAAAUGACCUAGUGUACAAUAUAACAUAGAAUCAAAUGUGUUACAAAUAAAAUCGUUUUUUCUAAAUUAACGAAUUAGUGUUCCAAAGUGUAAACGCCAAUAAAAUUAAUCGACAAGCAAUACGAAUAUAAAACACCACAAAUACGAUGCGAUUAUAUCGACACAUUAGUUCAUUUAGAAUAUUAAGUAAUCCGUGCAAUAAACAGGGGCUCCAUUCAACAGCUCGCCAUUUUAUUCCGGACAACACAUUAGAUGCAUCCGGCAGUGAUGGUAAAGUGUUGUCACAGCACAAGGCAUACGAAAUGGUGAAGCAGAUGAACGAACUUGAACGUGACAAUCUUCGAUGUGCACUGAAUCAAUUCGAGCUUGAUCAAAUGAAGAUCAAAUUCGAAGGCGAAUUGGCUGCAAGCAGAUGGAGAACGCCUAAGCAAUCAAAUAUACCCGGCCACAUCGAACAUCACCAGUCGGGUAUUUUUUAUGAAACCGCAAUCGAUGAUGAGACCAGUGAAAAAUUGGUUGAAGCACAUGCUGUAAUUCCUCCAACGAAAGAUGAAUUGAUGAAAAUUAUGAUCGUCAACGCUGUGCCAUUCCUUGGUUUUGGUUUUCUGGAUAAUUUUUUUAUGAUCGUCGCUGGUGACUACAUUGAGCACACAAUGGGCAUGUACAUGUGCAUUUCAACAAUGGCAGCCGCUGGUUUCGGUAAUACUAUAAGCGAUGUGUUAGGCCUAGGACUGGCACAUUAUGUAGAACGGUUUUGUGAAUUUCUCGGACUGAGACCACCAAGACUUACCCAGGAACAAAUGGAAUUGAAAUCGAGCAGACGUGUUGCAAGUUAUGGACGCGCAUUGGGCAUUAUGAUUGGAUGCUUGUUGGGUAUGUGUCCAUUGUUGUUUAUGAAAAAGAGAAAGAGCGACAACGAUGCAGGUAAUGAAAGUGAAACGCAAAAGACAGUUAAGUUGUAAAUAAAAAGAAAAGUGAUUGACUCAAGGAUUGAUCAACUCCUUCGAAUUUGAGUGGCAAUGUGCGUAUACCUUCAAUUGUUAUUAUUAUUAUUAAGAUGGACAGUGUUCAUUUUCUAUUCGAAUUUAAUUUAAAUUUCGUAACUUUUUACAAUUACACUAAUUUUCGAUCGCUAACUUAUUUUAAAACUAAGUUUUUUUUUUAAAGAAAAAAUAUUUAUUUUUGUUAUUUAUAUAUCUUGUUAACAAAAUUUACGAUUUUAUUACAAUUAAUUACAUGAAACCGAAUUGAAUUGAAUGCUUAAGAAACUGUAAAAAAGAAUUAUAUUUAAAAUAUCUUCGGGUCCACGAUACAAACCUUUUCGAUGUUUAGAUGAAUUUGUAUAGAUAUAUCAACAAGAGAAAAUUAGUAAAUAAAA